GUUAAAACUGUGAAACUUCAUUCGUAGUUCUGUUUAUAUAUUAUGCGUUUGUAUAUUUCAGGGAACUCAACGGACUUGGCCAGCGGUAGUCCGGAGUCUUCAUCACGAAGUGUCAGCGGUACUCCCGUGGCGUUGGAGCGAAAACUGGACAGGACAGUCAUGGAGAAGAUCGAACAGUUAGAGAAUCAGGAAGGCUCACUGGAUGCACAAACAUUCCCAGCUGUCCCUAAACCGACCAGUGUGAUCCUACCUAACCCGCAAACAACAGCGAGUGCUACAACGGCAGAUGAUACCGCAAGGAAUUUUGAAGGUGUACCACCCGCAACUUAUAAGCAGGUGAGAUUUUAGGGUGUUCAAAUGAACCCUUGCUGAAAAUUGAUUAUAAAAGUCAUGAAAAAAUUCAAAAGAAUCAAUGUUUAAUUAAUACACGAGAAGUGUGCAUCGGAUCGGAUUGGACGUUUGGCUGAUGUUUAAAAUCCGAUCCGAAAUUGUCUAAUCCGAUCCGAUCCGAGUUUUGAUAAAGAAUUCUGAUCCGAUCCGAAGAAUCCUUUAAUGAAAUAAAUUUCUCAUUCAAGUGGAAAUAUUUAACCAAAUAAAUAUAAAAGCAAGAAAUACAUGUCAAGAAGCUGACAAAGUGACGUCCAGUUGAAGUAUCAAACGAAUAAUGCAGCGACAACCGAGUUGUCGUGGAUAAUUAAUUCAUUUUAUUUCGAAUAUCGAAGUCCGAUCCGACUGCGGAACAACUUUAUCAAUCCGAUCCAAUCCGAAAUGAAUAUUUUUGUUCCGAAAUCCGAACGAAUCCGAUCGGAUUCGGAUUGGAUUUGCACACCUCUAAUGCACACAAACAAAAUUUUCUUUAUUUGCAUGAACUUUUUUCUCGAUUUUCUCACUUAAAAUCACUUCUUUUUUUAUAAUUUCUCAAAAUACAACUGUUGAAAUCUUUACGUUUCAUAAGCUAUAUAUCUGAUACAAAACGGACGCUCGUGUUUGUAUAAUAUAGCCUGCUUUACGCUAUCACAAUUUCUAUGAACACAGAAGGAAUUUUGCAUCCGUAAAUUCUAAGUUUGGAAAAAUUUGUAAGAUAUGUUUGAGGGAAUUGACUUGGUGUUAAACACUGAGUCAGUUUCCUCAAAGGCUCAAACAUUUCUUACAAAUCCGUCAAAACUUAGAAUUUGCAUAUGCAAAAUUCCUACUUGUGAUCACAGAAACUUUGAUAGUGUUUAGCAGGCUUAUUACAUAGAUGCAUCAAUCACAGGGUGUCAUCAAUUCACUGGAAAGUCCUUGAAAAUCAGUAGAAGUCCUUGAAAGUCCUGGAAUUUAUUUCCUAGUAAACUCCAGCUGUGCCAACAUUAGUGAUUUUGAUUAAAAUUACUGAAUAAUUAACAAUUAUUCGCCGAAGGCGAGGUGAUUAUCGGUGAAUAAAAACCGAGACGAAGUCGAGGUUUUUAUUCAAGAUAAUCACCGAACCUGAGGUGAAUAAUUGUUUUAGUAUAAUUUCAUAGGUGAUUAUUUGGAAAAAAAUUUUAAAAUGCACAUUUCUUCGUCUUUUAAUUGACAGAACGGCUUCGGCCGCCAUUUUGAAAAUCACUUAGGUGAUUAUCGCGUAAUAAUCACCUCAACGGUAACCAAUCAGCGUGGAGAAUUUUCAAUAAUCACCCAUGUAAUUAUACUAAAGUGAAUUAUUUACGGCAAAUCCAUGCCAUUUUCGAAAAUUUUUCCCAGUUCUAGCUCCUUGAAUUUAAUGGGAAAAAAAGGUCCUUGAAAGUCCUGGAAAAGUCCUUGAAUUUCACCUUCACCAAAGGGUAGACACCCUGUCAAUCAACAUUUAACAAUCUCCAUCAGCCUCGAUGCCAAACAGAAAGUCUUUUUUUGAAUACACUUUCAUUUCUUCUUUAGAAUUACAUCAAUGACAUGCCGUCAAUUCCCGGAUCAGAUGCGCUCUCCUCAUUGGUGAAACAAGUAUCUUCGCUGCCAUCCAACCCGGCAAACCGUAGCGGUGACUUUAACCCGGGGACUGAAAGACGACCGGAUGUUCCGCCCCCUGCGUUCAUUGACACCGACUCGCAGGGGAGUCUACUCCCGGAUGUAAAUAACCUAAACCCCGUGAUCAACGAAUCGCUUUCGAUCAAAAUAUGGUGGCCCAAGGACCGAGUGGUGUUCCAUAGGGUUCAACAGCUCUGCCAGCUCGUGGUUACUGGUGAAUGGCCGGCAAAACCGGAGAAACCAGAAAGACUGGUGGAUCAAGCUCUGCCUGCUGCUAGUGAUGUAUCUAUGUCACCAGGUGGAUUUCCUGCGUACGGAGACAGCGAGAUGGAUGGGGGUCUGGGACCAGAGGCUCUGAUUGAUCCUGUCUCGAAAGCUUUUAAAGUGAAAAAGGUAUGUUAAGAUAUGGCGACUUUUCUUGAGUAUAUCAAAUUUUUCAAUCCGGUUUCCAUUUGGUCGCUGUUGUCGUGAACUUGUCUGUAUUUUUUGUGUGCUUGUAUGAUCGACAUUCUAUCACAUUACAUGUGAAAUAGUCUGGAUCUAUCUUGUCUUUUGUGUACUUUAUGUAAAUUAGUCUCCACUGUUUGCAAGGUAAAACCACACUCUGGAGUAUAGUGAUUCUAUUUUAAUGAUUUUUUUUAGCACGAGGGAUUGAAGGUAACUCUCAAGAAAAAUCGAAAAAGAAAGAAAAAAGACGGAGGUUUGAGCAUUUUCUUUUUAAAAAACAACCUCCGCGAGGGUUUGUUUUGACAUGAUAGGGAGGUUAAAGGAAAAUGGCAAUAUAAAUUUUUAUUUUCUCAUUUGAAAGAACUUUUGAAACUAGAUAUUAACUUCUUUUACCGAUUUUUCAUAUCUUGCCUAGUUCUUGCAAUAUUCUCACUUGAAGUAAUGAGAUGUCCUCCAUCUUGGAUAAAUUUUGAAUCUCAUUAACGGUAGUUUUAGUGACGUCACAACAGGGAUUAAGCAUAUAAAGUAUUCGUUGCUGACCAAAUAUUGAUUGGUAGAUGUUUUAAAGUUUUUGAGUGAUCUUGACAUUUCGAAGGGCAGACAGAGUAUAGUUUUGAGUGCAAAAUGAUUAGUGUUUGUCUAGAUAAAAAUAUUACGUGACCCCUGUUGUGAUGUGACAUGCAUAUCUACAAAAAUUGAAGAUGGCGGACAUUUCAUUCCUUUCGAUCAAAAUAUUUGUAGAAGUAAGCAAGAUAUGAAAAAAACGGUAAAAGUGUAUUAUAUAUAGUCUUGAAAGUUCUUUCAAAUGAGAAAAUAAAAAAUAUAUAUUGCCAUUUCCCUUUAAGAUUGACGUUUCUGAUCCAGAAAAGGUUUCUGCCCUUUUCAAAUUAGUUAGUUACUUGCUUGACCAUUGCUAACAUUGCAACGCACUCUUUCAGCAGGUGUGAUCAUGGACGGCAUGGUUGAUAUGGACCUUCCGCCUGAAACACUCGUACAGCAAGCACCGUAUCAGAAUGACAGCAGCAACUCUUUGAAAAUGGACAGUUCAGAAAUGGCCGGACAACUACCGACGCCAAAGCCGCGGAAGAAACGCCAACGGAGAACGGACAAACCAUCAAAACCCCCGGCGGAAAAAAAGAAACGCGGACGAAAGUCAAAAAUGGAGAAAUUGAUGGCGCAAGCUGCUGCUGACGCAAUACACGCAGGGUUGUCAUCGCAACCAGGUGGGGAUUGGGCAAGAGCGAACAGCAGUGGUGUGUUUAUGCCUGGGGAAAUGAUGAAUGGACCACAGCCCCACGACUCAGUUCUUGUUAAUGAUGUGAAUAUGAGGAGGGCGUCGCUUGACAAUCAACUAUCAGAGGUGAUUAUAUCCAUGUUUUUGUUAUUGUUUCUGUUCUGGUUUCAGGAUUACACAUCAACAAGUUGUGUGUGACAACUUUGUAACAACUUGAUAAAAUAACAGCAUUGUUACAACUUGUUGACAAGCUUGCUACAAGGCCUAUUGCGAACACAUCUUGUUAACAAGUUGUGAGAUUUUUGCGUGUGUAGCUUACAAGCAAUAAAGCGUUUUCCCGUGCUAUUCUGUGUUUUAAAAUGGUUUAAUUGAUUUGUUUUUAGCCAUCGCGUGUUCCUCAACAAACAAACGCCGAGACAGCACCGCCAUCGACUACUGUCAGGACCAGCGUCCUUAAGGUACGAGAAAUUGUAAACUUCUUUUAAUCGUCAUUUUCUAAGGUUGACGACACAAGGUUGUAACAAUAUUGUUAUAUCAUGACUGUAUCAUACUUGUUGGAACAACCUUGCAACGGCUUGUUGGCAACUUGCUACAAGGUUGUUGAGCUCAACAGACUUGUUACAUGUUGUGCCAACAACUUGUUAUAAUCCUGCAAUUCAACAAUUUGUCAACAAGUUGUGAGUGACAACCUUGUAGCAACUUGAUAAAAUAACAGCAUUGUCACAACUUGUUGACAAGCUUGCUACAAGCCUGUUGCGAACACAUCUUGUUGACAAGUUGUGAGAUCUUUACGUGUGUACGUUAUCGUCUUGUAACAAGGUUGAUGAGGCCAACAGACUCGCAACAAGUUGUUCCAACAAGUCUGAUAUCGUCUGCACGUAACAAGUUGUUAACAAGUUGAUGAUAACAAGCUCGUAGCAACUUGUUACGAACAGCCUGUAUUAGUCUUGUUGGAACAAUUUGUAGCAAGUCUGUUACCGUCAUCAACCUUGUAACAAGGUGAUAACAACUUGUUCCAGACUUGUCACAACAACUGGGAACAAGCAGUGCGAACACAUCCUGAUAUCGGCUUGACAACAACCUUGUUACAACUUGUUUCCAGAUCUGUAAUUUUAUCAAAUUUAUUUUUCAUUUCCCUGACAGAGUACAACGAGUGCCGAUGGAGAUAUUGAAGUCCCUCAGAGACGCCAUAGUUCCACAUCACCACGUCCCGACAAUGACCCUCCACCACUUCUAAAAUCCCCUAGUAUACCGACCAAUCCUGCGGUAAUCAGUCCAACUUCGAAAACUCCUGUCCGUCUGUCUCCAUUCAACAACACGGAGUUUCCCUUCGGCAACAACCCGUUUGUGAAUUACCCAAACUAUCCCAAUGCUAUUGGCUUUCCACACCGCAGCACCUCGCCUGGCUUUGCCGCGGGUUUUGCAGGUCAAGCCAAAACCUCGGCAGGUUCCAGCCCGACUUCAACAAGUUCGUCAGGCAGUGUCGGGUCUGGUGCUCAAAAGACUGUGUACGAAUCUAGAUUUCCCGCCAAAAGUCCCCCCGCGACAAAACUAAGCGAGUCUCUUGGUUUUAAUGGCUUUCCAAGCGGCAUACAGACUUCUACGGUCGCAAGCUACACGAAAUUGGGACUUGAAGCUGACACGGAGAUGAGGGCUUUUAACAGUGACUCUGAUAAUGAACCGAGCGAUAGCUUGGAAGCUAGCGAAGAGGAAGGUAUCCCAUUGAGUCCCAUGGCGUCGUGAGCCUCCUCCCCCCGGAAAUUUUAUGAAGUAAUUCUCCACUGAACUUUAUUGAGACUGGAACGCGACCUAGAAUAUUUUGGAUGUACUAAUACUUCAUUUCUACAAGCGAAAAAUUUAUACUAUUCAAAAAGAUGGGGACAGGUGCACUGAUUACAAUCUGUUUAUUUUUCUUCUGAAAGUGAUGAACUAUUAUUUUUACUGCAUGGUUUUAGAUUGUUAAAUUUAUUCGCCAAAUCUCCCACCGUUUGCAUUUUCCUUUGAGAAAGGGAAGUUAAAAGCAGUUCAGUAUUGGCAUAUUUUGAUUGGGUUUCGGUUUCAGUUUUCCAAACCUUAACUCGACUCCAUUUGUUUAAUUUUGGUGUUUUUGUUAUUGAAUGAAAUGCCAUAUUUUAUAGAGGUCGCGUUUCAGUCUCUUGUUCUGGUAAAAUCCUAAAGGAAUAUCCCGGGAAUCUAUAAAACAAAUUAAAGUACCUUAUUUAUUUGGUAAAAAUUAAAUAUCUUCCAAGUACUUUGUAUUUAGUAUAGCGAAGACUUUACGUUGAUCCGGUUUUUCUUUAAUUCUUUAUAAUAAUACAUUUAUGUAUACAAUUUCCUAUUUAAUAGACACCAAAGACUGCCUUUGAGAGAAUUUGUAACGCGCCUGUAUGAUAUUUUUUAAAUUCUAAAAAAACGUCCGUACUUUAUUUAUGCUUCAGGAAUUUUCUAUGUAUCUUUGUUAAUAGAAUGUGAAUAAUAUUGAAUAACUAUAGAACUGUAACGUCGAUUUUCAACAGUGGUUGCCGCGUAUUACUGUAAUGUGAAUUGAAUAGAUUUUUAAAUUAUGAAUGUUUAAUUUUGAUUACGGUGAAAU